AUGGAUCUCGACGCGGGCGACUCCCCGUGGGGCGAUGAGCCAUCCCAGUCCACUACGACCCAUGUGACGCCAAAGCCCGACACCGAGGACAGUGCUGGUAGCCCCCGCACAAUCCGCACAGUCAAGCAGCGGCCUUGCAGUUCGUACGCCAGGGGGACGAGGUGCCCGAGGGGGCGCAAGAUUAGUGCGCAGGCGACACGUUUGGAAGCCGUUGACGACACCGUUGACCCACUGGGCCCAUUGGGCGAAGCACCGCUCGAGGCUGGGACUUCCACAGAGGAGGCCCCGGCACCGCCGCAGAAAGAACCAUUCGCCGGACGCAGUGCGCGACCACUCUCGUCUCCUUCUCAAGCUUCCAGCGCAGCGGGCGUGGCAGACUCGGUCAAUGUGGAAGACGAUGCCACGGGAUUUCGCGGUCCCCCGCCCGUGCAACCGCCGAUGGACACAGAAGGACCCAAGCGACAGUCGCAGCCCAGUGUUAGUGUGGAACAGGCUGCAAAACCGACAUUCGAGAUCAGCGUGGGAGAUCCACACAAAGUGGGGGAUUUAACAAGUAGUCACAUUGUCUACCAAGUUCGGACAAAGACGACAUCAAAAGCAUAUCGCCAACCCGAAUUUGCCGUCACCCGCCGUUACCGCGAUUUCCUAUGGAUUUACAAUUCCCUGCACAACAACAACCCCGGAGUGGUGGUCGCGCCCCCGCCCGAGAAGCAAGCUGUUGGCCGAUUUGAUACCAAUUUCGUCGAGUCAAGGAGAGCUGCUCUGGAGCGCAUGUUAAACAAGAUUGCCAGUCACCCUAUUCUUCAACAUGACGCGGACUUGAAAAUCUUCCUGGAGAGUGAAGCUUUCAAUGUUGACGUCAAGAACAAAGAGAAUCGAGAGCCAGAUUUGGGCCAGAACAAGGGCAUGCUGAGCUCUUUUGGCAUUUCGGUAGGCGGAGGAACCAAAUUUGUGGAGCACGACGACUGGUUCCAUGACCGCAAGGUUUAUAUGGACGCACUGGAGAACCAGCUGAGGGCCUUGAUGAAGUCCAUAGACACCGUGGUUGCGCAACGAAAGGGGCUUGCCGAAGCAGCGGGUGACUUCUCAAGCUCACUACAUGCCCUCUCCGCCGUCGAGCUCUCUCCGGCACUCUCUUCGCCUUUGGACGGACUGUCGGAACUUCAGCUGCGCGUUCGGGAGCUCUAUGAACGACAGGCCCAGCAGGAUGUUUUGACGCUCGGAAUCACGAUCGAUGAAUAUAUUCGCUUGAUUGGCAGCGUGAAAACAGCGUUCUCCCAGCGGCAAAAGGCAUUCCACAGCUGGCAUGCCGCAGAGUCAGAUCUCCAGAAGCGCAAGAACACGCAAGACAAGCUACUGCGCCAGGGCAAGACUCAGCAAGACCGACUCAACCAAGUCAGCGCCGAUGUCGCCGAUGCCGAGCGCAAAGUCCACCAAACCCGACUUCUGUUUGAUGAUAUGGGCCGCCUGAUGCGGAAUGAACUGCAGAGGUUUGAGAGGGAGAAGGUGGAAGACUUUAAGUCUGGUGUGGAAACAUUCCUGGAAAGCGCGGUCGAGGCUCAGAAGGAGCUGAUUGAACUCUGGGAAACAUUCCUGUUACGUCUGGAUGCUGGUGAGGAAGGUUUCCCGUAUUAUGUGCCUCCUCCCGUGGCCGGCGAGGUAUCUGCCGGGGCAGAAUCCACGGCAUCGGGCAGUGAAAUUGCGCCGGUGGUUGCCGACGAGGAAGUGUAA